UAUUUAAAUUUUAGUACUAAAAAAUAUCGAGUGGUAACCCUGUAUUACAACUCCUAACCUUAUUCCAUCUUUCCAAUUUUGAAAGGAUUUACACGUGAGGUUUUUCAUAAAAGUUAUUCAUGUUUUUGUGUACAACACCGAUUUGAAUAUGGGGCGAAAAGCAAAGUUCAGUGAAGGAGUGAUCGUUAAAAAAGGCCCCGGAAGGAAAGCCAAGAAACAAAAGGAUCCUCAGAUCCCCAAGGUUGAAAAAAAAUUGAGUAGAAAGCAAAUAAUUCGAGCCAGAAAUCGGUUAAACAAAUCUUUGGAGCGCCAAGAGAAACAGAACAUUUCUUCAGCUAAAUUAAAACCCAAGAAAAAUCAAAGUAAACAACACUUCUCGGAAGAAUCAGAUGAAUCAGAUGUAAAGAGCGAAGAUGAAAUUGAAAGUCAGCCAAGAAAGGGGUUCUCUGAUGAGAAUAAACUUUGGUUGAAACCAAAGAAAAAAAGUGUUUCUUCUGCCCAAGGAAAUGCUGACUCUGAAAAUGAAACCGAUAAUGAUGAAACAGGAGAUGAUGAAAAUGGGGGUGAAGAAUCCUCCAAUGAUGAAAAUGAAGUUGGUGAAAUGCAAUCUGAGGCAAAUUUUGGAAUUGAGAAUUUGAAUAAUUUAUCUGAUAAUUCUGAUGAAAUGGAUGAAUACACAGAUUCCGAGAGUGACAAAGAUGAAGAUGAUGACUUGCUUCCUAUUGAGAAGCAGAAUAUCAAGCUCAAGAAAAAACAAUUGAAGGAACAGAAAUUGGCAGACGAAGAAAUGCAGUUAAACAUUGCCAAUCAAGAAACAUUCAAAUUUCCAACAAAAAAGACCGAGCAAGAUAUUCAAAGUUUACAAGAUGUUCAACAAAGAAUAAGAGAGGUAGUUGCUGUAUUAUCAGAUUUUAGUAAACUGAGAGAUAAUAAACAUUCUCGUACUGAGUAUUUAGAGAUACUUAAAUCAGAUUUAUGCACCUAUUAUAGUUAUAAUGACUUUUUGAUGGAAAGGUUCAUGCAACUUUUUCCACUGUCCGAACUUUUGGAAUUUUUAGAAGCCAGUGAAGUUCAACGACCACUUACUAUUAGAACAAACAGUCUUAAAACUAGACGCAGGGAUCUAGCACAGGCUUUAAUCAAUCGUGGAGUUAAUUUAGAUCCCAUCGGAAAAUGGAGUAAAGUUGGACUUGUUGUCUAUUCAUCGCAAGUUCCAAUGGGUGCUACUCCUGAAUAUCUUGCAGGUCAUUAUAUGAUACAGGGUGCAUCAAGUAUGCUUCCUGUCAUGGCCUUGGAUCCUCAAGAAAAUGAAAGAAUAUUGGACAUGGCUUCUGCUCCGGGAGGAAAGGCAUCUCAUAUAGCAGCAGUUAUGAAAAAUACAGGUGUCUUAUUUGCAAAUGACAUAAAUAAGGACAGGAUUAAAGCAGUUGUUGGUAAUUUUCACAGGAUGGGUGUUAUAAAUUCAGCAGUUACCUCAAUGGAUGGACGAAAGUAUCCAGAUUUUAUGAAAGGAUUUGAUAGGGCACUUCUGGAUGCACCUUGUACAGGUACUGGUGUUGUCGCCAAAGAUCAAAGUGUUAAAACUAAUAAAGAUCAAUUGGACAUUCAGAGGUGUUAUAAUUUGCAACGCCAACUUCUUUUGGCAGCUAUCGACUGUGUCAAUGCCAAUUCUGCAACUGGAGGUUAUAUCGUCUAUUCAACCUGUUCCAUAUUACCUGAAGAAAAUGAAUGGGUCAUUGAUUAUGCUCUCAAAAAACGUAAUGUCAAACUGGUUGAAACAGGACUUGAUUUUGGUACUGAAGGAUUUACAAAUUACAGGCAGUAUAGGUUCCAUCCGACCCUUAAGUUAACACGAAGGUUUUACCCCCAUACUCAUAAUAUGGAUGGAUUUUUCGUAGCAAAACUUAGGAAGUUCUCAAAUCUGAUUCCAAAAUCUGUUGAAAUUGUUGAAGAAGCUGAGGCAGAAGAAGAAGACUUGGAACAGUCAACUGAAAAAGAAAACGGUAUCGAGGAAAGACAUGAGGAGGAGAUAGAAGAGAAUAAAAAACAAGCAAAAGGGAAGAGCGAUAAAAAUAUUACCAUACAAUCUGUAAGUAAGAAGCAGAAGAAGGAACAGAACAUUGAAAAUGUUGAGAUGACUCAAUUAAUGAAUAGGAAGCGAAAAAUAGAAAAAAACAGUGAGGAGGUUGAGAAGAAAUUUUCAAUGAGUAAAAAACAGAAGAAAGAACAGAACAAUGAAAACAUCGAGAAGACUCAGUCAGUGACUAUGAAACAGAGGCAUGAGCAAAGUGAUAAAAAUGUUGAGAAACAAUCAGUAAGUAAAAAACAACAGAAAGAACAGAACAAUAAAAACAUCGAGGAUAUAGAGUUAGUGACUAGGAAACAGAGAAAUGAUCAAAGUAAUGAAAAUGUUGAGAAACAAUCAGUAAGUAAAAAACAGAAGAACCGACAGAAUAAUGAAAACAAUGAGAAGACACAGUCAGUGACUAAGAAACGAAAGAAUGAGCAAAGUAAUGAAAAUGUUGAGAAUCAGUCAGUAAGUAAAAAAAAGAAGAAAGGACAGAACAACGGAAACAUCGAGGAGACACAGUCAGUGGCUAAGAAACGGAGGAAAGAGCAAAGUAAUGAAAAUGUUGAGAAACAGUCAGUGAGUAAGAAACAACAGAAAGAACAGAGCAGCAUCAGAAGUUUAACAAAAAAUGAUGAUGAACAGAAGAAGAAGAAGAAGAAAAAAGUUUUAUCUAAACACAAACGAAUCCCAAUCAAACAGCAUAAAAAAAAGCAUAUGUUGAAAUAAGUCGAAUUAAAGUUUAAUUUUACAA